GUUUCCGAGCGGGAGAUCUUCCGAGACGCGCUGGGGGCCGAAUGUAGAAUCCUGCUUAUCUGUGAAAUGCAGUUAACACAUCAGCUGGACCUAUUUCCUGAAUGCAGGAUUGUCGAUCCAUUUCAGAUACUUGUGGCAGCAAACAAAGCAGUUCACCUCUACAAACUGGGAAAAAUGAAGACAAGAACUCUAUCUACUGAAAUUAUUUUCAACCUUUCCCCAAAUAACAAUAUUUCAGAGGCUUUGAAAAAAUUUGGUAUCUCAGCAAAUGACACUUCAAUUCUAAUUGUUUACAUUGAAGAGGGAGAAAAACAAAUAAAUCAAGAAUACCUAAUAUCUCAAGUGGAAGGUCAUCAGGUUUCUCUGAAAAGUCUUCCUGAGAUAACAAAUGUUACGGAAGUCCAAAAGAGAUAUGGUCUCACAGUGUUGCCCAGAUUGAUCUCCAACUCCUGGACUCAAGUGAUGCUUCUGCUGUGCCUCCCAAAGCACUGGAAUUACAGGCAUGAGCCACCGAGCCCAGCUGGUUAUUGUUUUUGUUUUUAAAUUUUUUGCCUUGGCGAUUUUAUAUCCAUCAGUUCACCUCCCUCUCCAUACUUACCAUGGCUACUCCAGCUCACCCCUUGCAAGCCUCUGGAUGCUGGUUCUAAGUGUCUUUCACUUGUAUGAACUGAUUUAAUUCUUGCAGCAACCUUAUGAGGCAGAUACUGUUAUUACCCCCAUUUUACACACAAGGCCCAGGGGCAGCUCCUGUGCAGAGGCCUGGCUGGUGGCUCCAGCUGAGGGUGGUCACUCAGAGGGACACCUUGGCAGAGCUCCCACCCUUCCUGGCAGAGGCCCAAGUGGAAGUGGGGGUGUUCCACGUGGGAAGAAGAAAGGUUGUGCCAGGGGGACUCUGAGGGUGCACAUGGAGCCUGGGCAAGGUGGGGGCAGCCAGGGCCACAGCAGGACUGGUGCCCCUGCUCCCUAAGAACCCCCAACAACCCUAACCUUGCAGUGCCACUGUGAACCUGCCAUUGCCCCUUGGC